UGUUUAUGGUAAAGAUAAUUUUUCUCAAUCUUUCCCAUUUUCCAGAAGGAAAAUAAUAUGUCUAUCCCAUAUAGUGGUACGAUACGACGUUCUGGAGGUGUAGUAUCAGCAAUUGGAAAACAAUUACGGGGAGUUAAUCUCAAAGCAGCGAAACGAAUAACUGUUAAGUUUGAUCCAUUCGGAGAAAAUGUUACACACACUAGGAACUUCUUACAUUAUUUAAGCUCACCCAAAAUAAUUCUCACAAAUCCCAAUUGUUCUCUCAAAACAGAAAUUGUCUGUGACCGAAGUGAGCCUACAAUUGAUAUUGCUCUAGUGCCUUCUAUAGCUGAAACUGCAAAACUAAACAAAGUAACUUUUAAAUCUGGCAAUUUAACUUGCUUGGAAUUACUACAAUUAUUAAAUAAACAUAUAUCAUCAUUAGCACCAGAAGAUCAGAUAACAAAUACCAUACAAACAAAAUUAGAGAAAAAAAAAGGUAAAAAGAAGUGAUUCAAAAUGACAAAAUCAACAAAAGGAAAUCUUCAUGUGGUGGAAGAGAUUUACAAUCAAAUACCAGCAU